AUGACCAACCAACGUAACAUACCAAGUCUCAGGAUAGCCGACAAGGAGUCUGAAAGGGUGAGAGCGGUGGCGAACCGUGCGGUGUGCGGCAUCUGCCGGCGCGCGCAGUCGGAGCCGCGGCUCCUGGCCUGCCUGCACAGCUUCUGCACGGAGUGCCUGCUCGAGCUGCAGGCGGCGCAGGCCGGAGACGCCUGGAGCGACCCGGUGGACUCGGUGUUCCUGGGAGGUUCCGGUGAGGACGCGAGCGGGUCCGGCUCUGGGUCGGGGUCCGGGUCUGGGUCCGGGAGCGGGGAGGCGCGCUCGCUGCAGUGCCCCACAUGCGAGCCCGCCGUAGCGCCGCUCUGCGACCUCUGCUCCACCAACGUUCAGGCGAGCAGCCGGUGCGCGGACUGCAUGUCGUGGCUGUGCGCCUUCUGCGCGGAGGCGCACGGCCGCCAGCGGGCCACGUCAGCCCACGCGCUGCUCUCGCUGGGCGAGGCGCGGCGCCCCGCCGGGGCGCGCCGCCCCGCGCCGGCCACGUGCGCGCUGCACCCGGGCCAGGAGCUGCGGCUGUUCUGCGCGACGUGCGCGCGGCCCGUGUGCCGCGACUGCGCGCAGGCGCCCGGCGCCGCCCACCGCGGACACUCGCUGGAGGCGGCCGCGCGCGCCGCCCAGCUCUGCGCCAGGGGGCUGCGAGACGCGCUCGAGCGCGCCAGGCCCGUCGCCGAGCAGGCCGCGCUCGCCCUCGACCGCCUCGGCCACCUCGAGAAGAGGAUACAGACGCGGUGCAGCCAGGUGUCGGACGAGGUGGAGCGCUUCAUCGAGUCGUACUCGGCGGCGCUGGAGGAGCACCGGCGCUCGCUGCAGCGGCAGGUGCAGGAGGCGCGCGCCGCCAAGCUGCAGCUGGUCGAGGCGCACGCCCGCCACCUGCACAGCCGCGCCGACCAGGCCGCCACCGCCGUCGCCUUCACCGAGGACCUCCUCGCAGAGGCCUCCGACGUCGAGCUGCUGACGCUGGUCUCCCCAGUGCUGCGUCGUCUGGAAUGGUGCUGCAACAAUGGGGCUAGUGGCAGCCUCAUGGAACCACGUGUGUCUGACUGCCUGCAGUUCCUUCCUGAGGAGGGCUGUGGCCGAAUCAAAUCACACACUCUCUUUGGCGUCAUAACAACACAGACAGUGUCUCCACAACACUGCACGCUCAACACUGACACUCUGAUGAUUUGUCGACAGCAUAAGAAAGCUGAAGCAGUUCUAACAACAAGAGAUGCUGAUGAACAGCCACUAUGUCAUGGUGGAGAGAAAGUCACUGCAGAACUGCGAUACAAGGAUGCCAGCAACAGGAAGAUUCCUAUCCACGUGGCUGACCGUCGAGAUGGAACGUACUUGCUAGUGUUUGUACCAGACACUGCAGGGAACCUCAGUCUCUCUGUCUAUGUUCGUGGGAAACCAAUUAAGGGAAGUCCUUUCCUGGUCUGUGUGAGGACACUGCGUCCUCACCAUGGGACAUUUCAUUGCUGCAGCUUUUGUUCCAGUAAUGGGAGCAAAACUGCUACAUGUGGAUGUGGUGGGAAAAUGCCAGGUGGCUACCAGGGUUGCGGCCAUGGCCAUGCUGGACAUCCUGGUCGCCGGCAUUGGUCUUGCUGUGGGAACAUUCUUGAAAAUUCCGAGUGUGGACGUACAAAUUCUGCUCUGUACCAAUUCACACUGUGACUGGACAUUACUUACAUUUAUAUGUGGAAUUUACUGGGUGCGAGAUAAACACAAGCAGCACUAGAAGCAUGCAUUAAAUGAAAUGACGUGCAGUAACAACUCAGAUAAUUUAUUAUUGGAGGAUAAAAACAAAUAAAUUUUAAAAACAAUUA